UGCAAUGUGUGUACCAUGACGCUAGGGGGAGCCCUCGGUUCAUCAGUCAAACCAAGUCAAGCUCGGAGAUCCAGCCGGCCAGGACGACUAAUCAACUAUCGAGUCAAACGAUUCACUGCUGCAAAGAUGUCGGACGCCAAGCAGACCAUUGCACAGAAAAGUGCUAAAAUCGCUGCUGGAGCUGUUGUUUGCGUGGAGAGUGAAAUCAGAGGAGAUGUGACUAUCGGUGCAAGAACAGUGGUCCACCCCAAAGCCCGGAUCAUAGCAGAGGCAGGGCCCAUAAUCAUCGGAGAGGGUAAUCUGAUCGAGGAGCAGGCGCUCAUCAUUAACAGUUAUCCGGAGAACAUCCUGCCAGAUGCAGACGGCGCCGAACCCAAGGCCAUGACGAUCGGGACCAACAAUGUGUUUGAAGUUGGAUGUGUUUCUCAAGCUUUGAAAAUUGGGGACAACAACGUCAUUGAGUCUAAAGCGGAUCUUGGUCGGAAUGUGAUCCUGACCAGCGGUUGCAUCAUCGGCGCUUGCUGCCAGAUCAACACCUGUGAAGUCGUGCCUGAGAACACCGUCGUCUAUGGUUCAAACUCCAUGCGGCGGACCCAAAGCGAAAAGCCACAGCCUCAGACUCUCCAGCUGGACUUCCUCAUGAAGAUUCUGCCCAACUACCACCAUGUCAAGAAGACUGUUAAAGGAAGUGGAGCACCUUUGAGAAACUAGCAUCCAUUGAAUCCAGCACACGCUCGGAAAAUGAGCACUUUAGCACUUUAGCUUGCAGCUGGUUUUCUUCUUUUGCUGUUUGCAAAUGAUUUGGCAAAUGAAAUGUUUUUAUCACAGUUCUAAAGUCUUUAAAGUCCCACUCCGCUUAUCUUUGAUCUAUUCUAACAGCGUUCCCAGUGGUCUUUUUUUUAUGAUUCUACCGGGUUUUUUCAAAAAAUCUAAAAACCUGUGUCGUUUUCCAGGACAUAGUUUCUGCAGACCGGCUGUAGUUCAUUAUAAAUUCGCCUCUUGGUUUUGGGCUGGACUGUUAGCAGAAACCAACCCCACCCCCCCUUCCCCUCCACCUUGCUGAGAGCUCUCUGUUUACAGGCUCUUUUUCUAGCUUACAGUGCACCAACCCAACAUUAGCGUUAUCAAAAAAAGACUGUUGGAACUAUCCACUCAUACAAAUAAAUUUUUUCCAACUGUAUUUUCUUUAUUUUCUCUUGAUUCAAAUAAAUACCCAGAAAUCCAAAUGUGAAGCUUGAUUUUUCUUUAUAUAUGUCCUGCAUCGUCCCAAAAAUGCUACUAGAACGUGUUAAAAACACCAGAAGCACAUUUUUCAUCAGAGUGGGUCUUAAAAUUUAAUUCAUAUUUAUUACAAUUUAUUCCAUUCAAGCACAUUACCUGUUACGAUAAUAUGAUUGAACAACUAUUUAUUUGAAACUUGAACUGAAUUUUAACUUGUCUCAAACUGUGACCACAAGGUGGCAGCAUUGAGAAAGUUUUCCUCCUCAACUCACUGUCCAGUCUUUGUUUAUUCAGAUGCCUUGUGUUCUUAUUAGACAGUAACAAUACUUGUGUCUGAAGAUAAAUUGUAUUCAUUUGUAUUUCAAAUAUUAGAAUAAGUAAUAAAUGUACUGCCCCUCCUGCCAA